ACAUGAACGUAUCGCGAAUCGCUGAGAUACGCUCGCCAACAACAAACGAACCACGACCAUAUGGUAAGCAAAAGCAAUAACAAAACACUCCAAGUCCCCAAGACCGAAUAGCAAGAACAUCGGCGAUGAGAACAGAAUAAACAACAACAACGAAAACAAAUCAAAAAGUAAACAUAAAAUCGAAGAUCAAACAACGACAAGAACACUGUUAAAAAAACCAAACAAUAACAACAACAAACAUAAACAAGUGUGACGUCAAAAUUCGGGUACUUGGGGACGACAAUCGUGUGCUAGGCUUGCUGAUAUCAGCCACCAGCACCAACAAAACUAACUCAGAAUGUGAAUAUGAGCAAAAAAAUUUAAUAAAAAAAAACGACAAAACGCAAACAUUGAAAAUCCUCAUUAAUAAAACAAAAACAAACUAAAAAUUAACAGCUGCGAAAUAUCGCUUGCCGCCUAGGCCUGCCAGGCGGGAGAUGAAUGUGCUAAAAGUCUCACAAACUCUAAAAUUGUGGUUGCAACCAAAAUCCAAAAACAACACCAACACCAACAAUAAGUGAAUGGGAUUUCGAGUGCAGUGCAAUCAACAGCCAGCCGCAUAACGCCUACCCAGUUACGGUCGGGCGUAGUGUUGUACCGCGUGUGUGACCGUGUAAGCAAUUUUAAGGCAAACCAAUGCGUCGUGCGUAAGUCAGUCAGUCAGUCAGUAAGUCGUCAAUGUGAAUGUGAGCCCAAGGAAAGUAUCCACCUCCUCACUGAUACCGGUGUGCUGGCACAAACACCAAACUUCACUUCGUUUUCCCUGCUUAUUUUGAAGACAAUCCUAAAAAUAUGCAAAACAAUAAACCGUCCAGUAAUUCGGGAUUUCCCAAUUCUCCACCACCCAAACCGCAAAGAUCUCCAUCGCUCAAUCUGCCAUAUGCCACCACAAGUAUACCACCAACGCGUAUGCAAGAAUUUCCACCACAUCCAAUACUGCAGAGAUUCUCACUGACUGCCACAAAUGUUGGCAUGGAGCCGUCACAAUUAUCUCCAAAACACAAAGGUAAUCUGAAUAAGCAAGGAGACUUCCAGCGAGAUACGAUGGAUGGAAAUUAUGAUUCACACAUCGCCCAAUACCGCUCAAUGCCAUCAACGAAUCGAAAUCCUCUGAGUGAUACGAAUAUGAGGGCAGCCAUAUCACCUCCCAAUACACCAACCAAUGAUCGGCAUAGACCCACUAAUCCACAUCAAAGAACAUCCCUUCAAGAGCCUCCCACAUCCUAUUUGGAGGAGCAUGCGCAUAAAUUUCGUUCCAAUUCGGAUGUAGUAUACAUAGGCGAUACAGCUAGAAUCAAUGGGGAAUUGAAUAACGUGUUCCAAAGGCGAUUGAGUGACAUUGAGGCCAAUGCUCAAGGAGACAUAAAUCUAAAAUUAGUAACCUAUCAAGAAUGGGUGGAUAUGUUGCUGAAAACCAACGAAUCUCUUAUAUCCAACAUGGAACAAUUGGAGUCCGAAGUAGCCGAACGUUUGGAGUAUUUACAGCGUCGAGUUAAUUCGAAUUGUCGCCAUAGUCAAAGUAAUGAGCUGAUGAAGUCUCGCAAGGACAUCGAUACUUUAGUCAAAUUCAUACAGAAUUCAUGUGAAAUUAAAACAGCGAAUUUGGCGGGUAUAACAUUGGAGACUAUAUCGCCAUGUCAAGUGUUUGGUUUGAGUGAACAGCAGUUGGAAAACAUAAAUCUUGAAGGAAAUAUGCAACAAAUGGGGAAUAUUACCGAUCCGGAGUUAGUCCAGCGCAACAAGCUUUAUGCAAAUAUCAAAGCUUUGGCUCUUGAGGUGGCCGAUAAGCAUGAUGAGGUGAGAGAGCUAAAACGUCAGGUGGUGUGUUUGGAGGAUGAGAUACAAAAGGCCACCAAGAAGAUACAGUUAAAGGAGGAUGUCAUCAAGGAGCUGCGCAAUGAUCUCAAACGCUCGAAUGCCAAGAUUACUGGAGAGCCUUAUUCGAGCAUGACAUCAUUAAAUAUGGAUUCACCAAGAAGUGAAGCUUCUACACUGGUGUCUGAGGGGAAUUUCCCAAAGUAUUUCAGUGAUUAUCCUUUAACCCAGUUCGAAUUGCUCAAUCAAUGUACGGGAGAUAAGGUUAAGGAUUUGGAUGCAGAAAUCAAUCAAUUCUUUGAACAAGUCCACAAAAAACCUCUACCAGAGAUUAUAAAGAAAAUGGAAUCUGAAAAAGCCGAAGCUUAUCGUAAAUUGGAUUUUUUGCGAAAUCAUUUAAUGGAUUUGGAAGCCUUCCACGAAACUACUGUUGGAGAAGCUGAUAAUGACUCUGGCAUAAGUUCGAAAAAUGAAUAUGAUCAUGAGAUACGAAUUUUGGACACUGUACGCAAACGUUUGCGUCACUUAAACGAAAACAAUUUGGAGCUUAAUAAGAGAGUGCAAAAUUUACAACAUAAAAAUGAUGAGCUAAAUGCAACCCUGGAGGCAGAAAGAAAUAUUGCCCAAAGAAGCAGUGUGACCUUUAAAGAGUUGGCAGAUUUAUUGUGUGGAAUGAAUGCAGAUUUUUCUUAUACAAACAUAUGCAAGAAUGCAACUAACCAAGGUGAGCCGAAUCCAUUCUGCAAAGCCAUCAUGGACAUGAAGUUGAAAAAUGAAGAAAGGGAAGGCAAACUAUUGCAGACAAUAGCAAAUAAAAAUCAAAAGAUUGAAGAAUUAUCCUCUGCCUUAAUGAAGCGUGAAAAAUUCGUUGAACAACAGAAAAACAUGAAUCUCAGUGAAGGUGAGGACAUUGAUAACAUUACACCACCCGCAUCACUCACCAACUCAGCGCAGGCAAUGAUACAGCAACAACAACACCAACAAAGCUCAACACAACAAAUUCAAUAUUUCCAUGCCUGUCGGGCUGUGAACGUGCAUGUGUCUCUAUUAUGUAGGGAUUAUGCUGGCGAUUGUCCCCAUGGAAUGCAUUUGCAAGCAUCCUUGCAACAUCAUCACCAUGAUAGCGGUGGUGGUGGCGAAGAAGCCGUUGGCGGUGUUUCUGGCAUUCUUAUCAAUACCCAUGAAAAAUAUCUGCAAAUUAUCGAUGAGCUGAAAAAUGAUUUAGAACAGAUGUCCUGUGAGGUGGUCCAAGUACACAACGAAUGCUGCAGUCAUGGGAAAGGUGGCCAACAUGAUGCUAGCGAUGAUGAUGAAGUGGAUUUGACAGCUUCCCUAAAGGAAUUGGAAGAUCAAAAUGAUCGUCUUCAAGAGGCCCUAAAAUUGCGACUUAAGGAGAAAGACACUGCCUAUAGAGAAAUGGAAGCCACAAAUAACAACCUUAAAUGCCAAAUACAUCAGCUUGAACAAAACCUUACUGCAAGUGAACAACAUAUCCUGCAUUUGACAACGUUGUUAAAUCGUUCCGCCCCAACACCUGCUGUUGAAUUCUCAUGUCGUGCCAAUACCCUGCAGCAUCCCAGUGCAGCUCCAAUUGCCUACACCAAUCAGAGUUGUAAUUGUCAACAUCAAAUUGCAGAGUUGGAAAACCGAUUGGAAAAAAUAUCCAAAGAUUUGGAUGAUUCAAGGAGACAAGAACAUUUUUUGCGUUCCGAGACUCGAAAACUCAAUGAGGAGUUGAAUGAAAGCAAAAGAAAGAAUGCAAACCUUUAUGCACAAUCGCAACGAUUAGCGGGUCUGUUGAAAUCUCAAGAAAGUCAUCGCAUGGAAUUGGCUCAAAAGUUUGAUAGCCUGGAGAAAAAUUUUGAGGAUCAAUCGAAGAAACUACGAGCUGCUCAUACCCAGUUAAAAGUUCUGAAUGAACGUUAUAAACUGAUGGAAAGAACGGAAAUGGAGCACAAAAUGGAGGGCGAUUUGCUGAGAAAAGAGGUUCUUUCACUUAAAGAGAAAGAAGCCAUUGUUGUGGGUCGCCAAAAAAGUUUGCAGGAGCAAAUGAUUAAAACCGAAAAAGAACUUUACAACGCUCAUGAGGUCAUACAGAAGCAGCAGGCUAUAUUAAGAAGCAAUGAUGUCAGACAUGCCGGGGAAUUACGGCAACUCAGAGAAGAGAAGCUGGAUGGUCAACGAAAUAUAAAAAUUCUUGAAGAGGACUAUCAAAGAUUGAGAGAGGCCUACGAAAACGAACAGGCAGUUUCUAAACAAUCAGAGGAAUUGCUCAGCUCGUAUCGCCAAUGGAGGGAGGACCAACUGAAGGCCGAAACUAUAAUACGUGAAAAAUUCAAAGAGUUUGAGGAGUUAUUUGGUUUCUUUUAUAAGGAUAAGAGUGAAUACAUGAAUGCCUAUCGUUUAUUGCGUGAAGAUUAUAGAAUUUUGGAAGCUGAAUUUGAACGCCUAAGAUUGGCUUCGUUUAGCCCCAUUAGCUCUCAGUUGGGAUUGGGAGCCGGCAAUCGAUCGAUUACCGAUCGUUUAGCUUUGUUACGUGAUGCUAGAAGUCGUAUUUUUGAGCAGUCUUCCUUACUACGCGAUGAUCCAAAUCUCGCACAAACCCAAACAACUGAUACAACUGGUACACAGGCAACCAACACCAAUGAGGACCAAACUAAAAACUAGAUUUUCUUUACAAUUCCAUGAACUUAGCUGAAG